CUUCAACUCGGCGAACCCCGAGUCGUGAACCUGACUGCGCCGACCCGCACAUUCCAACCUCAUCGCCAUGACCAGCAGGCGCGACUUUCUCAGCCAGCCGGCGCCCGAAAACUACGUCGCCGGUCUUGGUCGCGGCGCUACAGGGUUUACGACACGAUCAGAUCUCGGCCCCGCGCGGGAAGGGCCGAGCGAGGACCAGAUCAAGGCUGCCGUCGCAAAACGAUCCGCCCAGCUCGGUCUGACCGAGCCCAAGGACGACGACAAAGAGGAUGACUCUCGGUACCAGGACCCCGACAACGAGGUCGGACUCUUUGCGGGCGGCAUCUACGAGAAAGACGAUGAGGAAGCCGACAAGAUAUGGAAGGAGGUCGACGACAAGAUGGCCAAGCGCCGCCAGAAGCAAAGGGAAGCACGAGAAAAAGCCGAACGGGAGGAAUACGAGCGCAAGAACCCAAAGAUCCAACAGCAAUUUGCGGGGCUCAAGCGAGCGCUAGAAACAGUGACAGAUGAGGAAUGGGCGAACCUGCCAGACCCCAAGGACCUUACCGGCCGGACGAAGAGGGCCCGCCAGGCUCGCAUGCAACGCUUCUACGCUGUGCCCGACAGCGUUCUGGCUGCCGCAAGAGACCAGGGCCAGUUCGGCACCACUGUCGUAGAGGACGGCACCGGCACGGCGGCGGGCGGCAACAAGGACGGCACCGUCACCGACUUUGCAAAGAUUGGCGCUGCCCGCGACAAGGUGCUUCGCGCCCGCUUGGAGCAGCAAUCGCAGAGCAGCGGCAUAGCCACGGUUGGAAGCGCGACCAGCAUAGACCCCAAGGGCUACUUGACAUCGUUGGCCAACGUGCAGAUUGCCGAGCAGAGCAUUGGGGACAUUGAGCAGUUCAGGAAGAUGCUCAAGUCAGCCGUCGACUCCAACCCCAAGCAGGCGGCCAGCUGGAUUGCCGCUGCACGACUGGAGAUCGCUGCGGGGAAGCCGGGCGCAGCUCGCACCCUGAUCGCCAAAGGGUGCGAACACUGCCCGAAGAGCGAGGAUAUCUGGCUCGAGAAUAUCCAUCUCAACGACAACAAAAACGCCAAAGUCAUUGCUGCGCAGGCCAUCCAGCACAACCCGCACUCGGUGAAGCUUUGGGUAGAAGCCAUGAAGCUCGAAAACGACCAGAGGUCGCGGAAGAAGGUCAUUCGGCGAGCACUCGACCACAACCAGGAGUCCGAGGCGCUCUGGAAAGAGGCGGUCAACCUGGAACAGGACGUCGCGGACGCGCGGAUGCUGCUCGCCAAAGCCACGGAGCUCAUUCCUCAAUCGCUGGACCUGUGGCUGGCAUUGGCGCGUCUGGAGACGCCAGAAAAUGCCCGCAAGGUGCUCAACAAGGCCGUCAAGAAGCUCCCCAAUUCGCACGAAUUGUGGAUUGCCGCCGCCCGCCUGGAGGAGCAGCUCGGUGAGGGCACCAAGAGGCCGGUCAUGAAGAACGCCGUCAAGUUCCUUGCCAAGCAGAACGCCAUGCCCAAGCGCGAGGAGUGGAUCGCCGAGGCAGAGAAGUGCGAAGAGGAGGGCGCCGUGAUUACGUGCAGUAACAUCAUUGAGGAGACGCUCGGGUGGGGUUUGGACGAGGACGACGAUCGCAAGGAGAUUUGGAUGGAGGACGCCAAGGCCAGCAUUGGGCGGAACAAGUUCGCGACGGCACGCGCCAUCUACGCCUACGCAUUGCGCGUCUUCCCCAACAGCAAGAGUCUGUAUCUGGCCGCGGUCGACCUCGAGCGGAACCACGGCACCAAAGACGACCUGUGGCGGGCCCUCGAAAAGGCGGUCGAGGCGUGCCCCCAUGUUGAGGUAUUUUGGCUCAUGCUCGCCAAGGAGAAGGCUGGCGAGAUCAACGAGGCUCGGAAGGUGCUCGCUCGGGCGUUCAAGCAAAACCCGGACAACGAGGACAUCUGGCUGGCCGCGGUGAAGCUCGAAGCCGACAACGGCUUCGUCGACCAAGCCCGCGACCUCCUCAAGACAGCCCGGCAAAACGCCCCCACCGACCGCGUCUGGAUGCGCAGCGUCGCCUUUGAGCGGCAACUCGGCGCCAACGAAGCAGCGCUCGACCUAGUCCGCGAAGCGCUGCAACUCUUCCCGGCAGCUUCCAAACUGUGGAUGAUGAAAGGCCAGAUCUACCAGGACCUGGGCAAGCUGGCCGAGGCGCGCGAGGCGUACGCGACGGGCGUGCGGGCGGUGCCGUCGUCGGUGCCCCUCUGGCUCCUGUACUCGCGGCUGGAGGAAUCGUCGGGCAACGUGGUGAAAGCGCGCAGCGUGCUCGACCGCGCGCGGCAGGCGGUCCCCAAAUCACCCGAGCUCUGGGCCGAGCUCAUCCGCGUCGAGCGGCGCGCGGGCAAUCUGACUCAAGCGCGCAGCCUCAUGGCGCAAGCCUUGCAACAGAUGCCCAAAUCCGGCCUGCUCUGGGCCGAGCGCAUUUUGUACCUGGAACCCCGCACCCAGCGGAAAUCCCUCAUUACCGAGGCCAUCAAGAAAGUAGAGGACGACCCCGUCCUCCAGGUGACGGCCGCCCGCAUCCUCUGGGCCGAGCGCAAGCUGGACCGCGCGCAGAAUUGGUUCGAGCGCGCGCUGCUGCUUGAUAGAGAUAGGGGGGACUCGUGGGCGUGGUACUACAAGUUCCUGCUGCAGCACGGAACCGAUGAGAAGAGGCGGGAGCUGGUUGCCAAGUGCGUCCUCAACGACCCCCGCCACGGCGAGGUCUGGCAGGCGGUGGCUAAGGAUCCGAGGAAUGCGAACAAGAAGACGGAGGAGAUUCUGGAGAUGGUGGCGGCUAAGUUGAGUUGA